CUCUCUCUCUUCUCCCCUCCCUUCCCCCCUCAACACCCAUAUACAUCUCUCAUAACAUGUCUGAAACGCCAGUGUGCACCCGUACCAACUGCGGGAAGCUUGUGGACGACGGCGAGUGUGCGUACCACCCGGCAGCUCCGGUCUUCCAUGAGCGGAAGCGGACCUGGCCCUGCUGCAACGUCUCCCACACCUCGUUUGAUGACUUCCUUGCUGUGCCUGGCUGCACCACCGGCCCACAUCAGGUGCCUGGUGCUAGUUCUGCCGAUGGUGCAAGCAAGGCAGGUCAGGCUCGCCAGCCAGCGAGCGGCAAGGUUCCGCGGUUCUAUGUCCAUCUCGACGCUGAGGGCGUGGGCAAGCCCGUCCCGGACUUUACCGCCGUCUUUGAGCUCGAUCCUGCCAACACGCUCCGCAGAAUCCGCGAGGACUUUGUCAUCCAGUACAACCGCCAGCACGGGGCAGAGUAUACGCUCAAGAUUGCCACUGUCCGCCUGGUCGACGGUGACGGACCGGCUGCUGCCGCGCUGGACCUUGACACCCCGCUGCCCAACGUGGUGACACCCGGCGCGGACGUGUUUUGCUCUGUCGUCACUUUUCAGCCGAUUGCUACACCCGACGCGGCGCUCACACCCAAUGCCGCCUCAUCGUCGGCCGAGGCUGCCGAGGCUACCGCUGCGGCUACAGCUGCGGCUGCCGAGCCGCGCGAUCCUAACGCGGAGCGGACAUGCCUCAACUACACGUGCGGCGGCACCUUUACCGACGCGACCAAUGCCGACGAUGCAUGCACGUUCCACCUCGCACCGCCGUUCUUCCACGACGCCUCGCAGGGCUACCAGUGUUGCUCCCGAGUCAUGUCGUUCGACGAGUUCCAGGCUAUUCCGCCGUGCCAGACAGGUCCGCACUCGGACAUGCCGCACGAGCUCCGCCCAGUUGUUCCCUUCCCAUCGACAGACGACGAAGUCGUUUUCUCGCAGGACAAGACCACUAUCUCGCUGACCUUCAAUCUCCCGGGUACAGAUGCCUCGGGAGUCGAUGUUGACGUCGAGGACGACAACAUCAUGGUCAUCAUCUCCCGCUCCGGUGAAAAGGACUUUGUCUACACCGUCGACCCGCUCCACGCCGAAGUCAAGCCGGGCAAGUCGUCCGUUGCCAUCGACGGUGAUGCUGUUGUCAUCACCUUCACCAAGGCCUCCAAGGCCGAGUGGCCGGCGCUGCAGGGGUAAGAGCGCGCGCCUCGCCUAUUAAACAAACUCCGCCGUUGC